CGGCAGAGUAUAAAAGCAGAUGAAUUCGACUGGUUAAGACAUCAGUUCAGUUUGCACUUCUGUUCUAGCUACUUCAAAGAUGAAAUUUCUUUCGGUUGCCUUCCUGCUCGGCCUUUUGGCUCUGACCAGCGCCACCCCUCUGAACCCGGGAAAUGUCAUUAUCAAUGGAGACUGCCGUGUUUGCAACGUUCAUGGCGGAAAAUAAGAUGGAUAUUGAUGGAAAAUAAUGCUACGGAACCCACUUCGGCUAUUAAAAUGGACUUACAAACAGAUCAAUAAAUAAUUUCUUAUCAAUUUUUAAUUGGACUACUUGAAAUAUAAAAUUCCCACGCUAA